GGUGUGAGCCACUGCGCCAGGCCAAAUUGCACAUAUUUAAAGUGUACAAUUUGAUGAGAUUUGUCGUACGUAUGCAUCUGUGGAAUCAUCACUACAAUUCAUACAACAGACAUAUCUAUCACCUGAAGUUUUCUCAUGCCCUUUUGCAAUCCUUCUCUCCUAUGCCCCUCAUUCCACGGACAUGAGCAGACCCUACAUUUCCUGCUAUUCCAUUGUCUAACCAGAGCUCCUAUUUUCCCCUUCUUUUAUUGGCAAGAACAGACAGGGCUCCUAUUUGUUAUAGCCAGCACUCCUAAUUUACUCUUGUUCCAUGGAAAUACUCAGGCCCCUACUUUUCCAUUAUUUCAUGGCAGUAACCAGACAACUAAGUCCUCUAUUUCCCUUUGUUUUGUCACUCAGGCUGGAGUGCUUGGUGCGAUCUCAGCUCAUUGCAACCUCGACUUCUCUUGGGCUCAGGCGAUCCUCCCACCUCAGCUUCCCGAGUAACUGGGACUACAGGUAGGCCAUCCCCCAGGAAAGCCUAUGUUGGUGAGGGUCACCGUGGGAGAACGAGUGAGCUACUGCCUGGCACCACCACACCCUGGAAGGUGCAGUUGAGAAGAAGGUUUCCGAGGCUGUAGACAUGGGGAUCAGAUGCUGGAGAAACCCCCUGCUGCUGCUGAUUGCCCUGGUCCUGUCGGCCAAGCUGGGUCACUUCCAAAGGUGGGAGGGCUUCCAGGAGAAGCCUAUGAGCAAGAAGAACAUGAAUUCAACGCUUAACUUCUUCAUUCAGUCCUACAACAAUGCCAGCAACGACACCUACUUAUAUCGAGUUCAGAAGCUAACUCGAAGUCAGAUGCAGCUGACGACAGGAGUGGAGUAUAUAGUCACCGUGAAGAUUGGCCGGACCAAAUGCAAGAGGAAUGACACGAGCAAUUCUUCCUGUCCCCUGCAAAGCAAGAAGCUGAGAAAGAGUUUAAUUUGCGAGUCUUUGAUAUACACCGUGCCCUGGAUAAACUAUUUCCAGCUCUGGAACAAUUCCUGUUCAAGUAGCCUGAGCAUGUGUGAGCAGAAACCUGGAUGAGGGCUCAGACGGAGUUGUGUGCACUGGCUGUUAAUAAACUGUAAAGGAUCAUGUCUCCCUCAUUGGGGUCUCAUUACACAUGCACACACACACAUGCACAUACACAUGAUUGUACACGCACACACACAUGCACACACUUACCUUCACAACCCCCACACACAACGCUCACACUCACGACAGCCUCAUACUCUCACCACUCACAUACAGGCACACCCACUUUAACAGCCUCACACACUCAUCCACCCGCCCACCCACUCACUCAUACAUGUCAAACACAGGCACACUCACACACACUUUCAGUGGUCUUCAGGGGUUGGUGCAAUCUUUUCUCUCUUUUUUUUUUUUUUUUUUUUUU